AAGCUUUUUCCUUGUUGUUUGCUAUAUACUUUGAAUGACUCUCUGCUAAUUCUUCACUGUUUCUUCCUCUAGUUCCUUCUUUUUUUUUUCAACAUCAAAGCACUCUUCUUUACCCUUUUAAGGGAUCUCUCUCAUCUUUUUCUUUAGCUUUUUUAAGAUCCAUCAGAUUUCAAUGGCAGCUCUCGCACCUACCUCUCUUUCAAAACACCCUUUAUCAAGUUCACCGAAGAUCUUUGAUUCCAGGGUCCAAAGUGGGGAGAUUCAACCGACCUGGUUUAGAUUUCGGACUACUUUCAGGAGCAACACAGGUGUGAGAUUGAAGGCCUCGGCAGAGCCUCCGGCACUAACUCGUGACAAACCAGAGAGCUUAGUGGAAAUGGAAAGUGGAUGUGAGUUGUUUGACAAAUUGAAAGAUGGAUUCCUUAGCUUCAAAAGGCAGAAGUAUAUGGAAAACUCGGAACACUAUCAAGCACUCUCCGAGGGUCAAGCUCCUAAAUUCAUGGUGAUUGCUUGUGCAGAUUCAAGGGUAUGCCCUUCUAACAUCUUGGGGUUCGAGCCAGGAGAAGCCUUCACGGUUCGCAAUGUUGCGAAUAUGGUGCCCACGUUUGAGAGUGGACCAACAGAAACUAAUGCUGCAUUGGAGUUUGCCGUGAAUACGCUCGAGGUUGAAAACAUUUUAAUCAUCGGUCAUAGCUGCUGUGGCGGCAUUCGUGCCCUCAUGAGCCUGCAAGAUGAAGCAGAUUCAAGUAGCUUUAUCCGAAGUUGGGUUAUCGUCGGAAAGAACGCAAAGCUAAGCACAAAGGCCACUGCUUCGAACCUCGAUUUUGACCAGCAAUGCACACACUGUGAGAAGGCAUCAAUCAACAACUCACUGUUGAACCUGCUAACUUAUCCAUGGAUAGAAGAAAAGGUGAAGAAAGGGGUGCUUUCUCUGCACGGCGGAUACUACGACUUUGUCGACUGUACGUUCGAGAAAUGGACAUUGGAUUACAAGCGAAGCAUUACCGAUGGAAAAAACAGAGCCGUGGUGAAGGACCGAUCAUUUUGGUGCUAAAACUUUCUCGAUCCAUCUCAACUUUUAAUCUUUUGCUUUUGACAUUUUCCGUUCUCUGUAGAACUUGCUUGAUUCGUAAUCGUCCACGUUAGAUAAUAAUGUUUAUUCCUUGUAAUACCAAGGAAUAAUUACUUAGCUGUAAUAAUAUGUUUGCAUGUUGUAAUUUUAAUC